UAAAGUAAAGUUUAAAAAACAAAAACAAAAUAAAAACAGAAAAAAAGAGAACUCGUUGGACGAAGAGUCUAUGUGAGGAAUGAACUGAACUUUCUUCCCAAAAUCAUUCACUGUGAAAAACCCUAUAUUUCGAUCGCAUUUCUUACUUUAAAAUCCAAUUAAGGGUUUGUUGAAGCAUCCUGAUUGCUUGCAGGUUUUGAAGAAGAGUUGUUUUCAAUAAUUUCUGGGUUUGCCUUCUGACUCAAAAAAGAGGCAAAUCUGCCGUUGCCUCCAAGACCUUGUCUAACGGGUUUAGGCAAGAGCUAUGCAUGUUGGCAACCUAGGAUAUCAUAUGGCCAGCACUGAUUGCAAAAAGGAGGUUGAAUGGAUGAGGAGAGUGCAAUCAGAGGGAGCUGUUCCACUAAUUGAUGAUCCAGAAAACAGUUCAAAUGGUUGGGCUUCCCCACCUGGAAACAAGUUCAUGGUUAGAGGUCCAGAGUAUCUCUCAACCAAGGUUAAAAUUCCCGGUGGCGAAUAUCUCUUAAAGUCUCUUGGAUUUGAUUGGAUUAAAAGUUCAACAAAGAUUGUAGAUGUCCUAAAUAAUCGAAACUGCCGAGUCCGUAAAGCAAUUGACGAAGAGUUUCCAACAGGUGAUAAGCCUUUUAUUUGGGCUUUCAAUCUACAAGUCCCAAGUAAAGAUAAUUAUAGUGCUAUAGCAUAUUUUACAACCACAGAUCCCAUUCCUCAAGGAUCUUUGAUGGACCAGUUCGUGAAAGGUGAUGACGCAUUCAGGAACUCGAGGCUUAAAUUGAUUGCCAACAUUGUCAAGGGCCCUUGGAUAGUUAGAAAAGCAGUUUCAGAGCAGGCCAUAUGCAUAAUUGGACGUUCCCUUUCUUGUAAGUACUGUAUAGGAGACAAUUUUUUAGAAGUUGAUGUGGAUAUUGGUUCUUCAAUGGUUGCAAAUGCAAUUGUUCAUCUGGCAUUUAGUUACAUAACAACAAUAACUGUUGACCUAGCCUUUCUCAUUGAGAGCCAAACUGAAUCUGAGCUUCCAGAACAACUCUUAGGUGCUAUAACAUUGUGUGGCCUGAACCCUGCAUCAGCUGGAACAAUUGAACCAUAUUCUGAUUCAUUCACUGGUAAUUUACCAAAUUCACUGCCUACACGGCUAUGGAAAACAAUUGGUUUUGGGUUUUCUCAAAUUCUUAGUCCAGUUGCCCAAGAUGGUAGCCCUAACUCAGGCCAGACACAAGCUAAUGGGAUUGUUCAUCCUGUAGGUUACAGUGCAGAUGGUACAAAAUGACGCAUUGCCUUCCUUGCUUAAAUUGUGGAUAUGAGGGUGAUUGAAUUGGUGAGGUUUUCACAGCUGCUUCACUAACAGCCAUGCCAUUUGGAUUUUAUUAGAUUUUCAAAGCUCUAGGGUAUAUUUGUGGCUAGAGCUAGCUUUUGUGGCCAUAUAUUAAAUUAGGAAGUUGGGGGAUCUUUAAGCACAGCUCAUCAUCGAUCCAAAAUUUGAUAUAAAUGCGGAUGGAUAUUGUCAGCUGAGCUAUCCCCCGAGGGAUUGUGGUUAGAGGUAGAGUUGCUUAGACUUUAUUGCCCAUUGGCUGGAUAUUCAAUUUAUUUAUUUCUAUUA